AUGCAUGAUUAUCAGGCUAUUAAAGAAAUUGAAAAAUUCCUUGAGGAAUUGGCAGAUGCCGAAGACGAUUAUAUCGAUGAUUAUGAAUAUGAUUUUUUACCUGAAAAAUAUCUUGAACCACCAGAUUCACCAAUUGAAAGAAUUGCAGUUGGAGUCAUUAAAAAACGUGUUUCCGGUUUCAAUAUUCCAUUCAUCGAACACCAUGCUCUUAUUGUUAAGACUCCUAAUGGAUUCAUUUCUUUUCAUUACGAACGUAAUAAAAAUAGACCAAUUCUUAACCGAUGUAUUAAUCUUAACGAUUGGGAAUUGACAAAGUUUUACACUCCUAAAGACGGGAUUACUAUGGCGGAUUUAUUUCAAAAUGUUGGAAAUUUUUGGAUUUUUCCUAAAUUCAGAUUCGUUCAAAAAAUUCUUUCGAUUUUAUUUGAACAAAGGAUCGUUAAUAUGUUGAGAAGAGAAUGGGCAAAAAUUUCUCUUGUUCGAAAAACUCUAGUAAAAAUUAAACUAAUAAUUAACUCGGGAGUUGAGUGGAUUAUGACACAUAUAAAAAGAAUGUUUUCGCGAUUUUUGUAUCCAGUAAAAGUCACACAGCAUACACAACAUAUUAAACGUUGA